CAUAAGUCCAGGCUUUAACCUGUUGAUUGGGAACGUUCUCUGCUCCACCCAUAUCCACCUCCUAUAUCAGCAGCUGAGCUCACCUCAGACACAUCCAGACAUGGAGGAUUUUGAACUUCGUCGCUAUGAGGAAACUCAUUGGGUGACAACUUCACUAAAACAGGACGCUUUUAACAUAGGGAUGGUGACUAGCUUCAGUCGUCUGUUUAGGUAUAUCAAUGGGAAGAAUGCUGAAGGGCUGAAGAUGAAUAUGACAGUACCGGUGAUGGUAUACAUGCCAUUAAAGCAACCCCUUGCUGGCAGUGCCACUAUGUCCUUCUUUGUGUCACAUGAAGUGAAGAAACCUCCGACACCUACAGACCCUGACGUUUACCUGGAUACAUAUCCUGCAGUUUCUCUAUAUGUGAAGACUUUUGGAGGAUACGCCUCUACCGCUAUGUAUGUCGAGCAAGCUAAAGCCCUAGCAGAGAACCUGGCUGCCCUUGGUCUGCAGUUUGAUUAUACAUACUUCGCACGUGCUGGCUACAAUUCUCCUUUAGACUUUUUCGGCCGCCACAAUGAAGUGUGGUACAUGGCAAAGUCCCCUCAGCAGUGGGAAUUUCUUGAUCUUUCUGCUGCUCAGCCCUGGCUGUGAUCCUCAUGCCUUCUCUUAAUACAGCUGAAGCCAACAAAAUAGUAUGGCUGUUACAUCUUCAGCAUUGCCUUGUAAGUGUUAUGUAUGUGCUGUUUUUGUAACUGAUUUUGCAGCAAUAAAAUAUUUGUAU